ACAUUGUAAAACACGCGCCCCUGAAAACAAAUUUACAAAACCCUGACCCAUCCGAAAUUAGGGUUUAUGAUUUGUCUCUAAAAACUCAAAAAAUGGCGGCUUUGGCGGGAAAUCUCAGCUCCAGAAUCUCAUCCCAACUUCAAUAUCGAGUCUUCUUCAUUCCCUGGGUGAAGAAGAACAAUGCCACUGCAAUCACUUGUUUGCAGAGUAGGGACUAUAGUUCAUCGGUUCCAGUUAGGUACAUUCCUAAGAAAUCUUCUAAGGUUAACAAACCUGAAAGUCCUCUGCCUAUAAAGGGUUCUAAAGAACCCAGUAACCGUUCCGAUACAAUGCAGAGAAGUAUAGUUUUUGAUGAGGAUAAAUCUCGAAAUCACAAUCAGAUGUUCAAGGAUAAUGUGUUGUUGGAUGAUUUUGAGCAAGACUAUGAAUUCAUGGAAGAGACUGAGGAGGUUAUUGAAAAGUCCAGUAUCCAUCAAAGGAAGGAUUCCAAGCAAGAUGUAUCAUGUGCUUUUGAAACUAAGCAAGAUGCAGAAAAAUUGGCAAUUGAAUUACUUGCAACAAGAGCAUUCACAGCUGUUGAAAUGAGAAAAAAACUGCAUGGCAAGGGAUUUUCACCUGAUACUGUUGAGUCAGUGAUAGAUGAUUUCCAGAGAAGAGGGUUUAUAAAUGAUAGCUUGUAUGCGGAAACAUUUUCUCAGUCUAGAUGGUCUAGUUCAAGUUGGGGACCAAGGCGUAUCAAGCAGGCACUCUUGAGAAAAGGAGUAAGUGAAGUUGAUGCAGAGAAUGCGGUAAAACUGGUUUUUGAGAAAGGUGAAUCCAGUGAUCAUGAGUCAAGUCUUGGGUUGUCAAAGACUUCUGUGGAUCGUUUAUUUAUCCAGGCCUCAAAGCAGUGGCUCCGAGGUCAGGAUGUGCCAAAAGAGAAAAGGAAAUCAAGGAUAAUUCGCUGGCUUCAAUACCGAGGGUUCAAUUGGGGUGUUAUCAGCAUCAUAUUAAAGAAAUUAGAAUCUCAGCAUCCUCCCUAAGCAACAAUGGGGCUGUUUUAUUUUCGUGGCUCCUAAGAAUUGGGAUGCUAUGCCAUUUUCAUCACUUCGCAUGUAAAUUGUGUAAUUUGGAUAGGGUUAUGCUCUCCAUUAGAACACAUGCUCUGUCCAGAAAAAUUACUACAUCAGCCUACGCUAGAGCCAUCUAAUCUAGGUAGAAUUACUUAAGUGACGAUGCAGAGAUUCUUUUGGUGCGAUCAACAUUCUUAUUUCAAAGUGUAGAAGUUCUCAUGUACCACAAUAACCAUCUUAACGAAAUCCAGUUGUUUGUAUGGUGUAUGUGUUUAGUCAGUGAUUUGCAGCUAUUACUCAAGAAGAUAAACUGCGAUGGAUUUACCUUCUUA